CACAAAAUAGGACUAUAUUACAGAUAGAUUGUACGGUCGUACAUUGUAAGUUAUCGAAUUCAGAGAUCAACUUAAAAGCAUCUUGUUACAGAUGAAAAUGGCCGAAAGAUUAACUUUAUAUUACUAUCCUGGUUCAUACUUUUCUCAAAAGGCAUUACUAGCAUUAUUCGAGAAGAAUUUACAGUUUAAUCACCAUAUUAUUAAAUUAAUGGAAGGGGGACACAUUGAACCAUGGUAUAUUAAACUAAAUAAAAAUGGAAAGGUACCAUUAUUAAGAGAUGAUGAAACAUUGGUACCAGAUUCAGAAAACAUUAUUAGCUAUCUUGAUCAACAAUUUCCUGCAGGUAGUAAAUUGGUGCCAGGCAAUAAACCUCCUGAAUAUGAUCGACUUCACCAACUAUUAACCGAUAGAAUAUCUAUACAAACUUUAACUUAUGGAACAUUUAUUAAUCCUGAUUUAUCUUUCUCUGGAUUACCUCCGGCUUUAAUUCAACCAUCUGAUGUAAUUAUUGGGAAUUUUACAAGAAUUGUUGAAAAGAUGCAGAGACUAGCAGAAGAAAAUCCUCAUUUAAGAGAGGAAUAUCUGAAAAAAGCUGAAGAGAACAAGAUGUUUCGUGAUAAUGCCGCCAAUAAAGAUAAAGUUCAGGAGACUUUAGAAAUGAUCCAUGAAGUGUUAGAUGAAGUAGAAAAACAACUGGAAAUAUCUAUGAAAGAUAAUCCAGGUAACUGGUUAUUCAAUAAAGAUUAUACAUCACCUGAUAUCACUUUAACUGUGUUUCUGAAUCGAUUAAAGUUUCUGGGACAAACUAAAAGAUAUAUUUCUGAUAAUAAACGACCACAUGUCAACAGAUACUGGGAUAGGGCUCAACAGAGGAAGAGCUUCCUGAAUUUUAUGGAAUUGUAUACUAAUUUUUCCAAACAAUAAUAAAGUAUUUAUUUUGU